CGACAGAAGCAGAUCAACUGCCACAAUGGCAGAAAAACUGCUCCCCAAACCGGCGAGCAUAAUAAUCAUUCAUCCCGAUCUCGGCAUUGGCGGUGCAGAACGCCUGAUCAUCGACGUCGCCCUCGCGCUCCAGAACUCUGGCCACAAAGUCACCGUCUACACGUCGCACCGGGACAAAUCGCAUUGCUUCGAGGAGGCGCGGGAUGGGACGCUUGAAGUACGGGUUCGCGGGGACAGUUUCUUCCCACCAAGUAUAAGAGGCCGGUUUGUUGUUCUUUUGGCGAUCUUGAGGCAGCUUUGCUUGACGUUCGAGUUGUUGCGGGAGGUCGCGCAAACGGAAAACGAGAAUGCCGACCAAGUGUUUAUUGUUGACCAGGUACCGGCCUGUGUGCCGUUACUAAAGAUGCUUGGUCCGCGGUGGUUUGCUUCAAAGGGAAAACAACGCAUCCUCUUUUACUGUCAUUUUCCCGACCAAUUACUUGCGCGGCGAGAUGGUGGGUCUGCUUUACUGCAAUUGUUGAAGGGGCUGUACCGGUAUCCUUUUGACUGGUUUGAGGGAUGGGCGAUGAGUGCGAGUGACCGGGUUGUUGCGAACUCCACUUUCACGAAGAGCGUGGUGAGAGGUGUCUUUGGGGCAGAGAAAUUGGGUGAUGUACGGGUUGUCUAUCCGUGUGUUGAUACAGCGGCGAAAGAGAAGAGUGAGAAGGAUGUGGGGACUAUCUGGGAAGGGAAGAAGAUACUCCUGAGUGUGAAUCGGUUCGAGAAGAAGAAGGAUCUUGCGCUGGCGAUAAGGGCAUAUCAUGGGCUUGGGGAAAAGAGGAAGGGGGUAAGAUUGGUUAUUGCUGGCGGCUAUGACCCUCGCAUAACAGAAAAUGUGCAAUACCACAAAGAACUUGAUGCCCUCGCAACAAGCCUCGGCUUGCAAACCGCCACAUCGAAGACCGUCCCGUCUGCCCUCUCCAUCCCCUCCUCCAUCGACGUCCUCUUUCUUCCCUCAGUGUCCUCUGCCUUCCGCGACAGCCUCCUGGCUAAAUCCUCGCUUCUCCUCUACACCCCGGUGAACGAACACUUUGGGAUCGUUCCCAUUGAGGCAAUGCGCGCGGGGAUUCCCGUCCUUGCAUCGAACACGGGCGGUCCGCUUGAGACGAUCGUUGAAGGGAAGACAGGGUGGCUCCGUGACGUGGAUGACGUCCCAGCUUGGACAGGUGUCAUUGAGAAGGUGUUGUAUCAGUUGGGGGCGGACGAGCUUCGGCAGAUGAGUGUGGCGGCGAAGGAGCGCGUCGAGGCUGAGUUCUCGCUGCACGCUAUGGGUGAUAGACUUGAGGGGGAGAUUGGGAAGAUGCUGAGUACUGAACGGAGACAGUUUAAUGGCGCGCAACAAGCAUUGUUGCUUUUGGGAAUGCUGGGGGUGGUAUUUGCAGUGCUUGUAGGGUUGGUUCUGGCGUGGGUCGGUUUUGUAUAAUACCCUGCUUAGCUAUUCUAUUUCUUUCUCUUACGGACAAUUAGCCAUAUUGCUGGA